UUUUUUUCUUUUUUCUUUUUUUACAAUAGGCUCAUUUAUCCAUUAUUUAGUUUUAAUGUAACAUCAUGAAACACAUACUACUUAGAUAUUAUGGUCGGUGCUGAAUACUAAAUAAAAAAUCAUGUGACUUUGCAAAUUGUGCUUACAUUUGUUCAAAUUGACAACAAUAUCAGAGCAUGCCCAAAUCAUCAGUCUGAAAAUACCUGGGGUCCCUCAUGGGUUAAAAACGUGUUGUUAUUUAACAAAGAAAACCACACACACCUGAAUAUGUCAAGGUUUUCUGUAAGAGAGGUCACCUCACCUACAUUUAUUUAACAUUGAUGGAAGGAGGGUCCUGUAUCAACACUUUGAAACCAUCAGUAAGUUUUCCAAAACGGAAGUCUUCAGGACAGAAUACUUUGGCUUUCCGGUUUCUUGGUAACAUUACAAGCUGUUUUUUUUUUUUUUUUUUUUUUUUUUAAAUCUUAUUAAUUUUUUAAGAAUGAGGGGGAAAAAUAGGGACUGGUCAACAGGAUCUUGUCUCGUGGACGUAUCAUAACAUUAACUGUAACUAUAAAUGGUUAAAAAGCAUGGCGUGUCCUUCAUUAAUAAAUAAAAAAUGGUAUUCGUUUACAAAUUGCUGUUGAUUUAAGAUGAAUAAAACACUUCGGGCCGUGUUGUUACAUGAAAAUAAUCCGCAUAAUACAUGAUGUAUUUUAUUUUAACGGUAAUUACUGUAGUAUAAGUUAGUACCCGAGAGCAGAGUCUAUGCAUUUAAAGGUUGUUUAAAUUGAAUUGAUCGUGAUGCGCUGCUGCUGCACUGGUUAGCUUGCUAUUAAAUAACUACAUAUCCCAUAAUGCUCAGCGCCAUGAACUCACGUCUCGCGGGGUUGCUCGUGUUGUUUCCAGUGACGAGUCUGGAUCACUGUUAGAGUGUUGUUUAUAUUGGGCAUAUACAUAUAUAUUAUUAUUAUUUUUAUUUUAUUUAUCUUUGUCUGUCUGCGCUCUGUCGCAGUGAGUGGCUGUUCAACAUAUUUUACCCUGAGUAGGAUAGUAUUGUUCUGGGAUCAGCGAUGAACGCAAUAUUUUUACCAGGAAAGAUGGGAAUGUAUCUCUAACGGUGGAAAGAAACAUUAGCCAACUAAGCGAGAAGCAGCCUGCCAAAAAAGCCAGUCUACUUCCUGCUUCCUUAUAGCUCCAAGCUUUUCAGCUGGACAUUACUAUCUAAACAUGGGGUCAAUACUUAGUCGAAGAAUUGCUGGAGUUGAAGACAUCGACAUUCAAGCCAAUUCCGCUUACAGAUAUCCUCCCAAAUCAGGAAAUUAUUUCACCAGCCACUUUUUUAUGGGAGGCCAGAAAUUUGACACUCCCCAUCCUGAGGGAUAUCUGUUUGGAGAAAACAUGGAUUUGAAUUUUUUAGGAAACAGACCUGUUCAGUUUCCCUAUGUGACCCCUGCACCUCAAGAGCCUGUGAAGACCCUGAGGAGUCUAGUGAACAUCAGGAAAGACUCUUUACGACUCAUUAGGUACAAAGCUGAAGCUGAAAGCACUGCAGAGGAAGCUGGAAAUCCGGGGGUUUUGUACGGCGUGGAGUUUUACUUUGACACUGACGCCAGGGUGGCAAUAACACUAUACUGCCAGGCUUUUGAGGAGUUUUCUAAUGGAGUAGCAGUCUAUACUCCAAAAACAACAGCUAUGGCAUCUGAGACAGUCUGCUAUAAGAGAGGGAUAAACCAGCAGUUUUCUCUGCCGUCUUUCAAGAUUGAUUUCACUAAAUGGAAACCAGAGGAGCUGAACUGUGACCUGGACAGAGGUGUUUUCCCUCUGGUGAUUCACGCAGUUGUGGAUGAUGGAGAUGAUGUCGUUGGACACGCUCAUGUACUUUUAGCAGCAUUUGAACGGCAUGUUGAUGGCAGUUUUUCAGUGAAGCCUUUGAAGCAGAAGCAGAUUGUUGAUCGCGUCAGCUACCUGCUCCAGGAGAUUUAUGGCAUCGAGAAUAAGAACAACCAAGAAACAAAGUCUGUAGAGGAUGAGAACAGUGACAACAGCAGUGAGUGUGUGGUGUGCCUGUCAGACCUUCGCGACACACUCAUUCUCCCCUGCAGGCACCUUUGUCUCUGCAAUGCGUGUGCUGACACACUACGUUACCAAGCCAACAACUGCCCUAUCUGCCGACUGCCCUUUAGAGCGCUGCUACAAAUCCGUGCAGUGAGGAAGAAACCUGCUGGAGUACUCUCCUCUGUCCCUUUCAGUCCAGUGCUAUCUCAGAGCUCGGACAACACAGAGAAUUCGAACUCUGAGAACAUCCCUCCAGGCUAUGAGCCCGUGUCCCUGCUGGAGGCCCUGAAUGGCGUGCAGCCUGCGUCUCCUGCUCUGCCUUCAGCCCCUCUGUAUGAAGAGGUCCAGUACUCAGGAGAAAUGGGUGAUCCACUGACUCUCAGCAUGAAGCAGCAGAGCACCGUGGAGCUCAGUGCAGAUCCAGCAGCUCUGAAAUCCAAACUCAGCAAGUCACCAGAUGGGUCUACACGCUCCCCCACAUCUCCUAUACAGGAGGAGGAGGAUGAGGAGCAUCUGUCUGAUCUAUCUGAUGCUCAGCCUCGCCCCGUGCGGCCCUACAGUCCAGCUCCCACUGAGGCAACAGUAGAUGGGGUGGAAUCAGAUCCAGGAUCCCCUAACACAGAUUCAGAAGGCAGGUCUGUGGGGGUGUCUGUGAGUGAGAUCCUGCAGGACUGCCACAGUGCACGCAGCAGCCUGAGCCGCACUGAGAGCGAUCCCUCAGCAGACAUGGCACUGCCUGGGUCAUCGGGGUCCAUUGAGAGUCUGAAGAGUCAGAGCACCAGCAGCUCCAUCCAACCUUUGCUUUGCCUCCCCAGCAGCCUGUGCAUCGAGGACGAGCUUCUCAGCCCUUAGCAGCACUACGCUCCUGUGUGCCUCUGCUUUAUCCUUUCUGCUACAGUCAAGAGUCUACUUCUAAGAAUAGCACAAUCACUAAUGUCUCUUGAAAGCUAUUAAGAAACACCAUUGCUCAUUUGAACGGCUCAGACGAAUGUCCCUCUGCUCUGAACUACAGAUCUCCCAAGCAUUGACAUUCCUUUAAGGUGAAUCUUUUGUGUUUUAGUGUCUUCCAAAAAAAAAAAAUCACUAAAGCAGAGGUACUCGAUUCAUAGUCUCUAAGCGGGCUGGCAAGUAUCACUGAUGUUCCCAAACUAAUGAACAAAUAUCUUACUGCUCUGACACGUCUCUGAUUGUAGUGAUGAUUUUUAUUUAUAAGACACUACUUUUUUUUUUCUUUUUUUACAGUGAUAGUGCAAUCAUGUAUGGUCCAAUCAGUUUCUUGUAGAUCCAUUUAUUUCAUUUUUUUUUUUUCAAGUUUUUUUAUGUAUUGCUAAGUGAGUGCGAAGUCAAGUCUCUUUUUGCAAGAUAUCCAUGAAAAUAAUCUCUGUCUGUCAAUCUCUGCCUUUGGUCAAAGUGUUAAAAAUUGGAAACUUGAUUGAGCUUUAGUAGCUGACUUCAACAUUAAUGGUCUUUUUAUUUACAUGAAGGGUCAGGAUAUAUAUUAAGCCUAGUCCUAGACUAAAAUGUUUUUAACACUUGAAAAUGUGUGUUUUGAUCUCGGGCUAAGCAUAAUCUCUGACUUAUAGCCAGUCUAGUUAGUCAGAACCAUGGCUUUUUAGUAAUUCACUACUUCUACACUCUGUAGAAUGAAUAUUGUAUAUUUGUAUGUAGUUAAAUCAUUUUAUCAUAAAGUGCUGUACACAAAUG